AUCACAAUGAGCUGGAUGUAUAUCUUUCUACCCAUCGCCUGGGGUGCUGUUGUGUCCUCUUACACCGUAGUGGAGCUGUACGUGAGACCAGGAGAAACCGUUACUGUACCUUGUGACUGUAAACUCUCAUCUGGUGAAACUAUUGUUUGGUACAGGAACUGUUCUCAUGAAAAUCAGCCCCCACUUAUUCUGACAUGGCAGGAAUUAGAGGAGAAUAAGGACUCCAAAUUAUCCAAUCUAAAUGGGAUGUGGAACCAUUCUUCAAAAACAUACACUUUACUGAUUACGAACAUAUCUGAUUCUCACCUUGGUCUCUACUACUGUCGAACUGAAAAAAAGUAUGUGACAGAGCAAGACCAGAAUCAUACAAAGUAUAAACACAGAUAUGGAAAUGUAACCACAAGGAUUUCAUUUGACAUAAGUGUAGGUCCUACUCUGAAGGACAUUGAUACAAGUGUAGGUCCUACUCUGAAGGACAUUGGUUUUGGGAACUCUGCUGCUCCAGACUGUAGAAAGUGCUGGAUGCUGCUGGUCAUCUUGUGUCCCUCCUCUGCUCUUCUCCUCUCCCUCCUCUCAUCCUUGGUCGUCUACCUCUGUUGCAGAAGGAAAGAUGAAGCCCUCCAUGUUGCUCAGACAUCACCCAGCAGUAGAGAUAUAACAUCAAUCAGGAACCAGGAUGAGGAUGGCUUGUGUUACGCUACACUGGAUAUCCCUCUACGUUCUCAGAGACCUAAAAAGAAGAGAGUCCAACCCUCAGAGUUCAGCACCUACUCAGCCAUCAAUAGUAGGAGGAUGUGAUGACCAAGCCUUCGGAUCAUGACCAAGCCUUUUAAUACAAAUUCAAAGUACUCUACUUUUCUCAAUAUGACCUCAUCUUUGUGCUGUCAAGAGGAGGAUAAUUUUCCACUUCAGUCUCAAGAAAAUGUCAUAAAGUAAAGCUUGUUCGGAAGAAUGUUUAAAUACCGUAUACUGUUUGCAUAUUAUUAGUCAAUGGUGCAAAUCUAAUAAUACUUUUUUGGCUAUGUUCAUUCACUAGAUUAUUAGAUAUUGUUUGUUAUUUGUUGGUUACUAUGCAGUAAGAUUGAUUGAUGGGAAAUGUAGAAAGGCCUCUGUUUGUAUAAGGUUAUGAUCUUGAACUAUUUAAAGCUAUUCUGCAUAGGUUGUAAUGUUUGCUUGGCAGUCUCUAAUCCAUGUCUUACAAGUAGGACGCUGGCAGUACCUUUUAAUGUCCCAUGAACACGUUGUUACAACAAAAAUACGUUAACAUUUUUCAAUAAGGCUACAUUUAUUAACCAUUAUUUAACAUUAGUUAUUGCAGUAAUACAGUGAAUUAGGUCUUAAUUUAUACAUUAUUAAAUCUAUAAAUAAAGUGAUACGGGAAAAUAAUGGGAUUUCUUCAACCUGUA